CACAAGGUCAAGUGCGAGCGUCAGAGUCAUUGCUCCUCGCGUGCGCAUCGCAUACUUGCGCCUGCGCAACCUCGGGUUACAGUGACCGUGUUUAUUAUCCAUCAUCAGUUGCUCCAUUUUUUUACGCCCGUAACUGUUAAAGCGAAAAUGAUGCAAAAACUUAUCUUCCUGUGUGUGCUAUGCGUCGUGCAAGCCCUGGCGAGCAGCGAUGACCGGUUUAUCAAGAAAUACGCCAUGAUGAAGAUAUAUGAAAGCUGUUUCGGUGCCGAAGUUGUGAAACAAAUUCGCAAAGAGAUGAAAGACGCGUACACGAAAUGUUCAGCACCGCCAUCUUUUGAAGAACAACCGAAUUCGCAAAUACCGCCUAUCUUCCUCGGCAAGCUGCCGCCCGGUUUCUCUAUGGACCCAAAUACGCAAACCAUAACCAAACCGACAGAUGGCGUUCAACAUCCGGAGCAAGACAAUAAUUUACAAGACCAAGGAUCACAUCCACAAAAAUCUCCACCCGGAAAUAUUUUCGCUUUCCGACCUCACUCGGGCUUCCCCCAGCAGCAACAACAACCAAUCCCCCCCUACAUGAUGCCAACCAGUCCGCAGUUCCGGCCGUUCAGCGCGCCGACCCCCUUCUACCAGUUUCCUUACAAUGCCCCCGGCCUGUUCUACCCCCCCACCCCGCAGUACAACCCUUACGCGUACCAGCAGCAGCAGUUCUACCAGCAACCCAUGCCGCAAUAUUUUGGAGCCAGUAAUAGGAUGUCGCGCGACAUGGACCUCCGCGACCGCCUGGAGGUGAUCUCCCGCGGUCCAGCCGCCGGCCGCGUCCGCAACAUCACCUGCGUGAUGCAGGAGCUGGGCUACAUCGACCACAACUUGGAGCCCAACUACGAGCAGAUAACUCAAAGGAUUGCCAACCUUCCUGUCUCAGUGGAACUGAAGGGAGACAUCCAAGAUGGCUUGCAGUUCUGCCAGAAAUUCUCGCAAUGCGUGCCGGACGUGAAACGGGACGUGGCCCCACUCUCUCAAGAGCUGAUCAAGCCAAUGUUCUUCUUCAGGUGCUAUAAGCACAAGAAACUGGAGGCGUGCAUCAUGAAGGACAUCCGCGAACGUUUCACCAGCGAAGAUGAACUCGACACCGACACUGACUUCAGGUCGCUGUCCAGAUCAGCCCGGUCAAUCCGUGAGGACCUGAACGAUCCAAGGUUCGAGGCCCUGGACGAGAUGGCAGUAUACCUCUACGACUACCUGAGUGGGGGGAGCGGUUUCGACUUCGACCUCUACAUGUAGAAGACUGAUGGAAAAUGUAGCUUAUUAAGUUUAAAUAAUGUAACUAAUCUAUGACUUUUUGAUAUUUUAUUCAAAUUAUCAGAUUUUGUUAUUGAUUAGCGAAGUUUUAAGUUGGUUAAUUUUAUUACUUGAUCAAAAUAUGAAGUUGACCCCAAAGUAAAUCAUUCGAAUUGUGUAACAAUGAUAAAAGGCUUUUGUUUAUGUGGAAUUUGUAUUUAAACAUUCUCAUUGAUUUUUCAAUCAUUUUCAUAUUAUGCUAAUUAUUUAAGAUCUUAGGAUAAGCGUAAAUAAUUAAUUACGUAUAAAUAAUUUCAUAGAUUUUUUGUACAUUUUGGAUUUGAAAGAAAUCUUUCAAUUUUCAUUCAUUCAACAACAUUAUUAGGUACAUUUAAAAUAAUGAAUACUUUAUGUAUGUAGGUAUGUUUCCUUAAAAUGGUUAACUAAGGGGUCAAACAAAAAAAAACUCAUUCUUGCCAAGAUGUUUUAAUUUUCCGACAUCGAGGGAAUGUUGAUUGGGAAAUUAAUUCUAAAAUACUCGCACAUUUUGUUCUUUAUUCGUGGUUGUUUUACUUUUAUUAAACGAAUUUACAUUAACUCUGCCAUUAAAAUCGCAUUUAAUAGUUAGAUUAAGGAACUGGUCGUUUAAGUAGAGAUUAAACUUUAUAGUAUAUUAUUAUUUUAUUCUCAUUUGUCUAAAUAAAUUAUUACGCUAGAUACAGUUAGGGCAAGGAACGUUCAGGACAUUUUAAAGUCCUCUUAUUAUCGGACUAUUGUCCAUAUUUGUCUUAUGCCAUACACACACACAAAAAUGACAAAAAUUUUAUUUUUACUUUUCACAAUAUUCAUUAACCAAGUUUCCAUUUAAACAAUUUUUUGGUACGAAUUUACAUACAAUAUGAUAUUUUUUUGAAAUUCAAAACAAUAGUCUUAAUUCUGUUUGCAAGGACGAAAUAAUAGAUUUCUUUUUUGGUAAAAAAAAAUCAAACAAUGGCUCAGAUAACAUACUCGAUAUUGUAGUCUAUAAGUUUAUUUUUAAAUUGAGUUAUUUUAAGUAUUUUCAUUUGAUGUACAGCCAACUUCGAUAAAUGUGUAGCGAAUAAUCGUACCUAGGUAAUUAACUUAGCCUAGUCUACGAAGCUUAAUAAACAUAUUAUACAGGGUAGUUUUUUUCACCUUCAGAUAGUGAGGCUGAGUUGGUUUCAAAAGAAAUUUACGUGAAAAAUAUUUCUUUUUUUCUCCCAAUGUCUACUAAGUGACUAGGUAUGGAAAUCCGAAAUAUUAUGUUUUUCUGUCAAUUCAAAUUUCUUUUGAAAGUUGUUGCAUGUACUGAGCAUAUUGUAAAAAAAUGUGCAUGGAAAAAAUUACCCUGUUGUUGGUGGCAUAUUAUAUGGCAGAUUGACAAAAUUAAGACAAUUUUAAGGAUACUAAUGUAGUCCUUAAAAUAUUAUUUCCUUGGAUAUUGGUACUUGGGCGUGUUUGCUGCUAUCAUGAAACUGAUGAAAAUGUGCAAAAACAAGGCUCGGGUAGGAUCUCAAUUUUCUUAGAUGACAUUAAUGAACAUUCAAGAACGAACUUCUAAAAGUUUCUCAAUUUUGUAUAAUUAAUUCAUCAUUAAUGUGUAAUAGUUGAAAUAGAAUCUCUACACAAUAGUCAACGAAAUAUUUAAUUUAC